CUACAAAACCUCAUACUAUUAAAUUCACUGGAACUCACUCAGCCUGGCACUAAUUCCAAUAGAAAUGCCAAAUAUUAAAUCAAUUUUAAUUUUAGCGCACUUGAUUUACGCUGUUUCAGCGAGCGACACUGACUCAACGCGCAUUGUUGGUGGCAACGAUGUGCCUCCAGGCGAGUUUGUUCCCUACCAAGUCUCGCUGCAAUAUUUUACCAGAAAAAAUAAGUACCAGCAUUUCUGUGGCGGCUCCAUAAUAGCGCCGAGCCAUAUUUUGACUGCGGCCCAUUGUUGCAAAGACUUCGAUGUGACACGGAUGUCAGUGUUGGCCGGUGUGCGCGAUCUCAAUGACUCAGAAGGUGUGCGGGUGCAGGUUGCUUCCUAUGAGAUACAUGAAAAUUACGAGGAGCUUGUGACCAGUGAUAUAGCUAUUCUGACACUUGAAGAACCCUUGAGUUUAGAUGGAACGCGUAUGGCAGCCAUUAACGUGCAGGGCACCGAGCAAGUAGGUGGUGGAGUGCCAGUCACUUUGACUGGUUGGGGCUUGCGCUUGCCAGUACCUUUUCCGUUUUUGCCACCAGAGUUGGAUAAUGUCAACUAUCCAACUACGCUGCAAACCAUGAACUAUCACACCAUUACGAACCAGGAGUGCAAAAAUAGUGGAAUGGAAGACCUCACAGAGACGGAGAUAUGCGCGCGUGGCGCCCUACUCAAGGGCGCCUGCUCAGGCGACUCUGGCGGUCCGCUGGUGAUGAAAACGGAUAACGGAUUGCGUCAAGUUGGCAUUGUCUCUUACGGACUCUUCGUUUGUGGCGUCUUCAGCGUCAUUCCGGACGUGUACACUCGAGUGUCUGUGUUCGAUGACUGGAUGCGAGCGCGUAUGCAGUAAAAACGCACUUAACUCUGCUGCUAACAAAAGUAUUAAGUAAAAGCACAUAAUCCACACAACGACAUACCCAAUCUACUACAUAUUUUAGGUUGGAGGUAGAUUUUUUUAGCUAUGAAAAAAAAAUUAUGAUGUUUCAUGUAUGGAUUGCUAUGGCCCCCAAUUGGGAUGUUAUCCUUGCAAUAAACUUAAAU